AUGCUCCGAUUAUUUGAUACGAAUUCUUAUGAAUUCUUUUCGUCUAAAUUGCCCAUACUCCUAUAAUGUACAUUAAUCCUAAUUCCCUCUUAAUUUUUCAUCCCUCCCUCACCGAUCUUCGCACUUUAUCUUGCCGCAUCGCCCGUGGACGACAACCGGAGCAUCGGGGACCUCCUCUGUGGUGUGCACCUCGUGAGUUUGGCUGCAAGAUCUGAGUAUUGGCGGUAAGCUACGGAAGUGAAUCUCAAGACUCUACAGGAUUCUCCUCAAAGGAUGGCGGCUUUUACACUGAAGAUGCAGUUAUUAUAAAUGCUCAUGUUGACCGAAAACAACGCGACAUAUCAAACUCUACUCGUGAUGAAAGACAGAUUCUGUAUUUACAACAUCGCCAGCAAACUGAUGACAGUUCAUUUGGAUUACAAUGUGAAACAACAAUGGGCAAGAAAGGCACGUGCAAAAGUUUUCGAGAUUGUUAUCCCCUACUUAAAGUAGCGGAUGUCGUUGGCUUGGACGGAUGGGUGAUGGGACAUUACGAUACAUGCAGCUACGUCAGUGGGGAUAAUACUGAGGUUUUCGGUGUGUGCUGCACAGAACCGGUUGGCACGCCGCCACAACAAGAACCUGAUGUACAACGGCUAGGCAUUCUACCUCCACCAAUCCCCGUUCAGUUUCCUCCAACACAAAUUAGCGGUAUAUCAGGGCGUAUAGCUGCGAUCUCGUCUGAGUGGUACGAUGACAGAAUUCGUCAGGUUCCCGCUCAGUGGCCACCGGCUUUGCCACCACUGCCGACCCACCCGCCUGACCACACCGCACCAACACAUCCCCCAUCGUUUGGUGGAACUAAACCACCGACUGCAGGCACAACUGUUAAGCCCCCUGCCGCCACCAAGCCGACGACUAAGCAGCCGUGGCCACCUGUAUUGCCAACUCAACCGAAUAAGCCAGCUCAACCUGUCAGCGGCGCAUGUGGAAUCAAAAAUGGCCCUACGACAUACGGAACGCAAGAUGAAGAGCGCAUCGUGGGUGGUCACAACGCAGACUUGAACGAGUGGCCGUGGAUCGUGGCUCUCUUCAACUCCGGUCGUCAGUUCUGUGGCGGAUCUCUCAUAGACGACAGACAUGUUUUAUCUGCAGCGCAUUGUGUAGCCCACAUGACAUCAUGGGACGUAGCACGUUUGACGGCGAGGCUUGGAGACUACAAUAUUCGUUUGAGCACUGAAACUCAGCAUGUAGAGAGGAAGAUUAAGAGAGUAGUGAGACAUCGCGGCUUCGAUAUGCGUACUUUGUACAACGACGUGGCUGUACUUACACUGGAUCAACCGGUAACCUUUACAAAGAACAUUCGACCUAUUUGUCUGGCGAGCGGCGGCCGUCAGUACUCUGGACAGACGGCCACUGUCAUCGGAUGGGGAAGCUUACGCGAGAGUGGUCCUCAGCCUUCUGUACUUCAAGAAGUGUCCAUCCCGGUGUGGUCGAACGCGGAGUGCCGCCUCAAGUACGGCGCGGCGGCUCCGGGCGGCAUCGUCGAAUCCAUGAUUUGCGCGGGCAAAGCUAGCAUGGACUCCUGCAGUGGCGACAGCGGUGGCCCAUUGAUGGUCAACGAAGGAGGAAUUUGGAACCAAGUAGGUGUCGUCUCUUGGGGCAUCGGAUGCGGUAAAGGGCAGUACCCGGGCGUCUAUACCAGAGUCACAUCAUUCUUGCCUUGGAUCCAGAAAAACUCAGUUUAAACAACAAUAUUAAUCGGAUAAUUAAAAAAAAAAACACGAUAAAACAUAAACUUAAUACAUUCAUUUCAAGAUGUCUGUACAAUUACAUUGAGAAAGCCAACCCGAAUCUUGCCUUUCUCAAUUAAUUGAUAUAUUUAUCAUAUUUCUAUGCAAAUUGUGCCAAUUUAGUUAAGGUUCUCUAUUAAAAUUCGUAAUGUUUU